CCUUACUCGAUGAAACAAGCAGGUUUCCCUUUAGGAAUAUUGCUCCUGUUUCUGGUUGCAUAUGUAACAGAUUAUUCUAUUAUACUGCUGAUUAAAGGAGGCAAUGUGGCUGGAACAAGCACUUAUCAAUCUCUGGUGAACAAAGCUUUUGGUAUAACAGGUUAUGUGAUCCUUUCAUUCCUGCAGUUUCUGUAUCCUUUCAUUGCCAUGGUAAGCUAUAACAUAAUAUCAGGAGAUACAUUAACAAAAGUGUUCCAAAGAAUUCCUGGAGUCGGUCCUGAAAGCAUAUUAGCCGAGAGGCGUUUUGUAAUUAUGCUAACAACCAUUCUGCUUAUGCUUCCAUUGUCCCUGUAUCGUAACAUUGCUAACUUAGGAAAGGUGUCAUUGUUCUCACUUGUUUUAACCAUUGCCAUCUUGGCAAUAGUCGUAAUGAGAGCUGCAACACUUGGACCACACAUUCCAUCCACAGAAAACGCCUGGGUUUUUGCACAGCCAAAUGCAAUACAAGCAGUGGGAGUUAUGACAUUUGCUUUUGUUUGUCACCACAACAGUUUUUUAAUUUAUGGAUCGCUGGAACAGCCAACAAUAAACAACUGGUCUCGUAUCACUCAUGUGUCAGUGUUAUUUGCCCUGUUUAUCAGUAUGAGCUUUGCUGUAUGUGGAUAUGCAACAUUCACAGGGUAUACACAAGGAGAUCUGUUUGAAAAUUAUUGCAAAGAUGAUAAUUGGGUUACUGCUGGAAGAUUUCUGUAUGGAAUAACCAUUAUUUUGACAUUUCCAAUUGAAUGCUUUGUUACUCGUGAGGUUAUUGGAAACUUAUUUUUCGGUGGGACCCUGUCAACAAUUUUUCAUAUUAUUGUGACAGUCUGCAUUGUUGCCGCAGCCACAGGCAUUUCAUUAGCAUAUGACUGCCUUGGAAUAGUUUUGGAAUUAAAUGGUGUGCUUGCUGCUACUCCAUUGGUUUUCAUCAUUCCAACAGCAUGCUAUCUAAAACUCUCUGAAGAGUCAUGGUGUCAUUGGAACAGCAUUCAACCUUGUAUGAUCCUUAUCACUGGUAUAUUGGUGAUGAUUGUUGGGUUUGUGAUGGCUGUCAUGUUUCCCCAAGAAUGCAGUCAUGGAAAGGAGAUGUUUUACUGCAUGCCUUCAAAUUCAUCUAUAUACAAUAUUACAGAUUCUGUCAAUGAGUUGAUCAGUCAAUCUCCAGUGUUCAUUCCAAGCAUCUUGUAA